UACCUACACGCGAGUCAGCUAUGCGCGCCGACAGGUCCGUCGUUCACCCCGUUGCGUGUUAUUAACGAUUUAAAGAAGCAGAAAAAACACUUUAUGGACUUUGCAUCGUUUUUUUGUAGCCUUUUUCUUUUUUUGUCUUCUAAGAGUUGAACUAUGUUGAUGAGCAGCUACAAGAAGACCGCCGUCUCUGUGGCCAGCGCGGCGUGCGUCUGCCUGCUGCUGCUGCUGCUCGUCGCCGUGCAGCAUCACCGCGCGCAGGUGGGGGACGCGCCGGCCGCAGGAGGGGACGCGGGUGCGCGCUCUUUGCUCCAGGACGCCGCGCGGGGGGGCGAGCGGACCAAGAAGGGGUUCUCCGCGUACUUCACCAAACUGACGCGGGGACGCAGGGAGGUGGAGAGGCCCGCGGGCUCCCCGGCGACCGGCACCGACCCGCCGCCGGCCGAGGACAUCAGCGCCGAAGACAUCUUCAUCGCCGUGAAGACCACCAAGAAGUUCCAUCAGUCCAGGCUGAGUCUGCUCCUGGACACGUGGAUCUCCAGGAACAUGCAACAGACGUACAUCUUCACAGACGGAGAGGACGUGGAGCUGAAAAAGAAAAUUGGGAGUCACGCCAUCAACACAAACUGCUCCGCAGCUCAUAGCCGACAAGCUCUCUCUUGCAAGAUGGCGGUGGAAUAUGAUAAGUUCAUAGAGUCGGGGAAAAAGUGGUUCUGUCACGUAGACGACGACAACUACGUGAAUGUCCGGACUCUGGUGAAGCACCUGUCCCAGUACCCCCACACCCAGGACAUGUACAUCGGUAAACCCAGUCUGGACCGGCCCAUCGAGGCCACGGAGAGGCUGGGGGACAAUAAGAUGAAACCAGUCAACUUCUGGUUCGCCACCGGGGGAGCGGGCUUCUGCGUGAGCCGAGGUCUGGCGCUGAAGAUGAGCCCGUGGGCCAGCGGCGGCCACUUCAUGAACACGGCGGAGAAGAUCCGCCUGCCGGACGACUGCACCGUGGGCUACAUCAUCGAGUCGGUUCUGGGGGUCCCUCUGACCCGCAGCAACCUGUUCCACUCCCACCUGGAGAACCUGCAACAAGUGUCCAGAUCGGAGAUCCACAAGCAGAUCACCCUCAGUUACGGGAUGUUCGAAAACAAGAGUAACAUCAUAAAUUUCAAAGGGGCUUUUCCUGUGGAGGAGGAUCCAUCGAGGUUCAGGUCUGUGCACUGUCUCCUGCACCCAGACACCCCGUGGUGCCCCCCUCAGGUUGCCUUCUAGGGCGACCGCUCCUUUCCCAUCCUCGUCCCCGCCGUGCCUCGGUAUCUGAAAGGCUCGCGGGGACCAGUGUUUGUAUUUAGACCGCGCCGCUGCCGCGUUGUCGCUGCAGUUGUGUGCGGUCUUUGCUAGUUUUACUGGGCUGCUGUGCGGCCCGCCUCCGGACUCUUCCUUCCUGUCGGGGGGCCCGGGGCCUCGCCCCCAUCGCGCGCCGGUCGGUGGAGCCCCGGCUCUCGGCAGGAAGUGGCUUUCAGCGUUAAGCUUUGCAGGCAAUCAGUUGAGCUUUGUGAUUUAUAUGUUGCUUGUAAAUGUAUCUGCAAUUCUCAUAGAAUGUAUUGACAUAUAUUCAAGCCUUUUUGCCAGCUUCACAUUAACCUUUUUUUUUUUUGCUUUUUAAAAAAUGCAAAGCCAUACAGCUCGUUUGUUUGUAGGCUUUCCUUUCGUCACAUAUAAUUGGUAUUUUUGUUUUAGAUCGUUUUACUCCAAUGACUCCGGACAAAUGCUCUAAUAUGAAGAUAUUGUUGUGCUUUUGAGUGUUAUAUCUCCCAUUAACUGAGCUGGCAGCAGGCGGAUUCCCUUUGGUGAGCUACUCUGAGGUAUAUCAGGACAAAGCACUUUUCCCUUUGUGAUACAUUUUGGUCAACUGACCUGAUUUACGUCCUUUUUAAUGACAUGCCUCAGAUUUGUUUCCAAAAUAUAACAAAGAAAAAAGAAUAACCCAUCAAAAUCUCUUAUUUAUUCUUGUUUUUAAUAACACUCCUCGUAUUUGUUACGAUGGAGGAAAAGUAACGAGUGGAAGAGAUUCUGAUUCAGGGUUACAAUCAGCUUUUGAAUUGCUUUGAAAUGUAAUUUUCUUUGUUUUUUUUAUUGUUGAAAUAUUGCACAGCUGAGUUUCAAAUGAUCUGAUGUUUGCUCCUGAAAAGACUCUCACCUCCAAAGGCUCAAAAGCAAAGAAUUGGAGACAAAUCCCAUAGAAACAUCUGAAUAACAAGCAGGCGUAACGUGAGCGGCGGUCUACAAUAGUUUGCACAACAGACUGCUCAGCUUCUCCGUUGUUAUCCGUAUGAAUAACCUCGAGUUACACGUGACACCGGCUGCUUACCGCCGAGGCCUUUGAGGGGAGAACUUUACGAGAGCAACAUGAGUGUUUCCACAUGGGGGGGGAUUCGCGCCCCCCCGUGUCGUCUCUCACCCAUAUUGGGUUGCACUGUACAUUUUUGAUUGCAGUAUUGUGUACUGUGCCCGUUGUUUUGAAUUAGUAGUACAAUGUUUAGAAUGGAAUCGGCCCUGCGUGGUUCACAUAUGCUUGUAAUGACCCGGACGUGGUGAUUUGUGCCGCUUUGAACUGUGUUAAGUGACUGUGCUGUUUAUUCUCCAGUAUCUGGAGAGUUCGAGCGGUUCAUUCCCAAUACUGGCUUCUCAGGGAUUAUGAGCUGAUCCUGGUAUUAACUACCAUGGGACCCACGGUGGGAUCUAAAACUUAAAUAAAAGCGCAUAACCACUGAGAAACAUCA